GCCUCACGCAUGUGGAAGACCCCGGUUACGUAAUGCAGAUUUUUUUUUCAAUGACCCUGCGCUAAGAGACCGGCUCACACAACGCCUCCCGACGCCACCCCCGGUGGGAUUUUACUUCUGCGCUGCAGCGCCAUGCAUUGCAACGGAAUGGGAGUUGGAUGAAGUGGAGGUCGGAUCCAGGCUGAGGGAGCAGGGACAACGGGAGGAACAGGAGCCUGAUGCGGGACUCGGGGGCCAGCAUGACCUACAUACCACAGGGCUUAAGAGACGCAUCUCCAGGACUGAGCUGCUGAUGUGCUGCUCACCCUUUGCACCGCGGGAAUAAGUGACCUUCAUUUGCAUUUGCUGCUGCAGAAGUAUGCACAACAGGACAAGUGCAUGUGCAUCAGACUGAAUCGACUGAAUCAUCCAUGUGGACCAUGUCCUGAGGCAAAAUAAGUGCCAUGUCCUGAUAUAAGCGAACCAGAUCGAUGGAAUCAGCUUUGUGGGGUGGAUGUUUUGUUCUUCUGUAACAUCCUGGGGUCAAAGAGGAAACUAAAAGGUAAAUCAAUCAUGCAGGGGCCUCAAGGCUUCUGGACACUUCUUUCCUAUUUUGCUGCUAGAUUACACAGCGGCUCGGCUCUUUAGCCUUUGGCCUACAACUCUCAAGGUUGGCAGUUGUGCCCGGAGCAAAGGUCCUGAGAAGAGCGCUGAGAGGCAGUUAGAUUCCUUAUCAUAGACUUCCAAACAUGCUGUGAAUUGUGGUCAGCAAUAAAGUCAAGAGCCAAGCAAUAAACACUGAAUUCCUUUGCCAGAAACUCAGAAGCUGAUUAACUUUUUUUUUUUUUUUUUGCUAUUAACAACACAAACUUUUGCAAUCAUGCUUUUGGACUGUGGUCAGCCAUUACCUCUCCUGAGGCACACAGAUGUGCCACCUCGGGUCAUCGAAAACUUCAUCCUGACUGGCUACCGCUUCCCAAACUACAGCCUGAGGGAUUGCUUACUAUCAGCAUUCAGGCCGACUAAUGAAACGGGCAACUUCUGGACACACUUCCUUCCAGUCUUUGUUUUUUCUUACUAUUUUGUGGAGGUGUUUGGUUGGGAAGGUGCCCCACACGGUGAUGCUCCAUUCUUCUAUCCAUUGUGGAACUACUUUAUCGGAGUGUUCUGUCUCCUCAUUGCUAGCAGCAUGGCCCACUUGCUCAACUCAAUGUCUCUGAUGGUAAGAGAAGUGUGCUUCUUUGUGGAUUAUGGCACUAUCAGUUCAUACACAGUCGGAUCAUCAUUGGCGUACUACUACUACAUCCACCCUCGGGCAGGGGUAGUGGACACAGGAGGCCAUAAUAGCUCCCAUAUGGACCUGAAACAUGAACCUGCAGGGACAUUUUUUUCAUCCUAUGCAAUCCCAGAUUUCAGUGUAUUCUUUGACACCCUCUACAUCCCAUGUGCAUGUGUUGUAGCAAUCAUUUGUGUCUUAUCUUGCUGCAACACUCGCCAUAGGUGGAGAAAGCAUCGAUAUGUCAUCCGUACCCUUGUCUUCCUCCUCCCAUUCCUCGUCUCUUCUACACCGGUCUUCUAUCGCCUCCUCACCAGAUCGCCUUAUUCCACCACCUCCUCCUCCUUUGCUGCUUCCACUUCCAUGCCCAACUUCUUCUACCGCCACUGCUUUUGGCUGCUGGUGUCGGCCAUCUUCAACAUUAGCAAGAUCCCGGAGCGGCUGGCCCCGGGUCGCUUUGACAUCUGGGGGCAUAGCCACCAAUGGUUCCACUGCUGCACGUUUUUGUCCAUCCUCGACGAACUUCACAUGAUCAAGACGGAGGUGAGGGCCAUCCUGCUCAGCCCGACUCUGUUGCUGCCCCCUGCCACCCUCUCCCGCCUACCUGGACCUACCAUAGCUACCACUUACGGGGUGAUGCUCCUCCUGCAGACCACCAUCAUCUCCAUCAUUGUGUGGUUCUCCUGGUGUGCCAACAGAUUCUACGAACCUCAGAGAGACCAGCUGGCUAAGGAACAUAUCAAGAAACGCCUGAAAUGCCACUGAUUUUACAGACAUUAUCUUUUAAAUCAAGUCGGAGGAGAUGGAAUAUUUGCACAUGCAUACAGAGCCAUGCCACAAAGAGAUGCGCACAAGUAAAACAAUUCCCGUCCAGUUUUUCACCCUUUCGUGAGCAUUUCUGAGCUUUCAUGAGGGGAAAUUGGGGACAACGGGAGAUGAAAGGAUUAUAUUCUGAGCUCAUCACAGGGGGAGGCUGUCUGGUUGAGUGGAGAUUGAAGGAACUUGCCAGCUCUUUCCCCUGAGCGGUUCCAGCAUGUUCCAACAGGAUGCCUAAGCAGUGGACAUAAUAACUACCUCCAAGGGCUGUAUACUUGAGGACAGAGGAAAGGGGAUGGUGCCCAGGAGAAAGUCCCACAUAACAUUUGGGUAAUGUUGCGUCAAAGUCGGCAUGUGCAUUUGCAGAAGUGGUCCAUGAGUGCUCUGCUUUCACGUCCUUCCCCCUGUUGCACUUCCUCCCUUCCUCUGACCUUAAAUGGUAUCCUUUUGAAAAUCCUCUCAACCCAUUGUUUCACAUUGAAUUAAUCAUUUUGUCAGAGCAUUGUUAACCAUAUCUUCUCUUCCUCUAACUUACUUACGCAGUCUCAUUUCCUCCCACUUUUCCCAAGAGAUCCUUGCAGCAGGAAGUGCAGUGGCCUUGCGGACGUAACAGAAAUAGCUGAGAGCUCAUGGUGGUAGAGUUAAGCACUUUUCAGGGUUCUGCCCUGUCAUUAAGAAGCCAUGCUCAGUUUCUACCCUUAAGGGACACUUUAACAUUUCGUCAGCAUGGGGGGAUGUUAUGCUGGACUUGCUGGAUUAUUUCAUUGAUGAUUAGUUCAGAUUAAAUGUGAUAUAAAUCGGAUGUUUUCUAAACAGUAUGAGAAGCAUAUUGACUUUUCUGGAGCACAUGAAGUUAAAAAUCUGUCUUUGAAAAAAAGGAUUGAAGCAGCAGUUCCAGGGUGAACGCCUUCAUUGUGUACAUGAGACUUUUCAUGUCAUGUGACGUACAGCAGCCUCUCAAAGCAUAAGCCAUACUUUAGAAUAAUGAGAGUUGAAAUGCUGUAAUAGGAAAAAUUGUAGUUGUAUAACCUCACCAGGAACUGCCUGGAUGAUAUGUUUGCACUUGGGAAAUAGAGCAGGCUGAUAGUUCACCUCACAGUUUGUACCGUUUGUGUAUCAUCAUGACAUAAGGACCAGUUUUUCUGAAAAAAUUAUUAUAUACUGUCCCAGGCAGCCUGUGAAAAACUCAUGAGGAUCAUUUAACAGGCGUUUGAUAUGCCCCCCCACCCCCACCAUGAAAGACUGUCUUAUGUUGUCUAAAAUUUUAUAAGCACAUGAUAAAGAAUUGGGCUCUAAUCUAACCAAACCGAACUAUUUCUGCAGUGCCAUUUAAAAAAAAAACUUCAAACCUGUUUCUCAAGCUGCGCUAUUAUUUCCUAAUUAACCUAAACAAAGAGAAUGGCACGUAUAGUCUUGCGCUAAUUUGAACAAAACCAAAAUAAAAAUGUUUAUUUAAAAUAUAUAUAUAUAUAUUUAAAUCAACAUCAACAAAUGUUGGAAUAUUUUUCCAUCCACAUGGACAGAGAUGCGAUGUAGUUUAAUGACCUCCUGCAUGAUUCAGUGAUUAAAGCAUUUUUAUUAUUUCACUCAUGCUUAUGUGUGUGAUUCAGAGAUAAUUGUGAUACACAAGAGGCACAACCGUGGGCUUUGAUUUUACCAUUUAAAUGUAAUGCUUCUUGUACCAUCUAUUAUCCAACCUUUAAAUGCAUGAAGCAAGGUUAGCCUUAUUAUUGGCAAUGAUCUCGGUGCUGUAGGCUCAUACCCUGCUUGCUCCUAUGUUAGCUGCUAACCUGUGUUGAAACACCCUUGUUGAUGUCUGCUUUCCUUUCCUUCCUCUUUUAUUCUUCACUCCUUCUGCUUGACCUUAACUGGGCAGGCUCCGUUUCACAGCGUAAAGCUUUGGCCCAUUAUUUGGGUUGCUUGCUAUUAAUCCAAUUUAUUAAGAUAUUCUCUUUUACUCUCUUUGACUGUUUCAAUUGUCUGAGUCCAUAUUUGUGUUUUAAGUAGAUUUGUGAUCUUAUCAAAGACGGGCAAACGUGUCAUGUUUGCCAAGUAAACUAAUGGUCAGUAAUGAGAAGACAACAAGGUAUAUUGUGUGACGCAGACUUUUGUGAGUUAAGGACACUAUGAGGUCCACAGCAUUCACUGAUUCAUUUACUGUAGUUUGAUAUGACAGUUUGUGCUCACUGCCACUUUUUGGCAUUUUCACUUUUUGCUGUGUCACGAUUAGGCUGUUCUCAGAUAUGAACUCCGGAGAAAGUCUGGACCAUGUUGAUUUGAACUAUCUUGCAUGUGCAUCAUAGUAGUUCUCAGACACGUACUCUGGAGACGUGGCAUCCACAAUUUCUCCAGUGUUUGCCUUUCGUCCCCGUUCAGACGCUGUCACAACAAUAUAGAAAUCUGGGGUGGUGCAGCAUACACAUCAACUUUUUCAUCCCGGGAUAUUUAUAUAAUUUGUUUUUCGCUUGGUUUAUUCAAAAUUUUUGCGUCUGUGCCGCGUUAGAAAUGCCAACAACACACCCACUCGCUCAGUGAAUCCUGCGGGAGAUCUACUGCUGUUUUCUCACAGGGGCUGAUUUUUUUCACGGGGGGGCCCUGCUGGAGAAACUUCAGAGAAAGUGUGGAGGCCCCAACCUCGGACAUUUGCGCUCUCACAUACGCCGGCCCUGUGGAGAUUCUCCGGAGUUCGGUUCAUGUCUGAAAGCAGCUUUACCUGCUGGUUUGAAGUAUAUUCUUUCAACUCAACCACAAAUCAAUGUGACCCCACCUGUGUCCAUGAAAAAGACCCUCAGUGCUGCUGUCUUCCCUUAUUUGACGACCAAGUGAAGAAGAAACAGGAUUUCAGUUGAGGAUACCAGAAAAAAUUGUUCCUUUGUUCAGUGUUAAUGAACCAUGACUGCUGGUGCUCACAUCAAGAUAAAUCAGGAGACGGUCUGUUUUCUUUGAGUGUGUUUUUUUGCGUAAUUCUGUCACGUCCGUGGCGAUUCUGUCAUGUAGUCUUUCUCAUAGAGCUCCGAAUUGUAAGGAAUUACUUGCACGUCACACUUGUGUAACUGUUGUCAAUAAGUCAUGUUUGCCGGUGUCUAAUUUUCAGAAACGUCAUGAUUAGCACGUUAUUUGUUCUGCUCAUAUCUGCACAUCCACUCGUGUUUCGUACACGUUCGCUUGCACAAGAGACACUGGUUAGAAGUGGACGCUGAGUUGUGUGGUAUGUACGACACUGGAAUGAGAACACGAGGACCGCAUUGAGUGGUUGUAAGAAUCAUGCUGUUAUGGUGCACUUUAAAGAUUCUUUAAUGUCCUCAACAUGUUCCUUUUAAGGGUCGACCCUGCAGUACUGUAUUAUAUCAGCGAUCCACCAGAUACAGAUGCAUCCAGUGUGAAAGCGAUGUUUCUACCUCAAUGCAUUUUUGUUUCUGAGAAGAACCAUCGUUGAAACAGACUGUGGCUGCCAGACUUGAGCUAUCGUUGAUGAAAAGUGUUCAGUGUGUGAAUGUUAGACUUACAGACUGCUGUAUCUUUCCAAGGGAAGCACUCAGGUGUGACUGUAGAACGACACUAAUACAUUAUUUACAUGCACUUGAAUUAUAAAUUACUAGAGGUGGAGGUGAACCUACUGUGUCUGUUCAUGCAGAAAAAAGAGAAAACCCUCCAUUAUCUUAAUAAAUGUAUCAAAUAACUAAUAUAUGGAUGAUUUUGAGUUUAAUUGAAUAAAUGAUGUAGAGAACUA